AUGGAUAAAAAGAUCAAAGUGCGCACGGAGUCGAAGGAAGGUCUGCUUCGCAGUAUCAGUUGUUCUUGCCACAAAUUGGAAUGCACAAGCACACCAUGUUCCCACAUAUUUUACAUAUUGGGAAUUUUACAAGAAGAAGCACUGCCCAGAUGUUGUGUUCCCACUAGGUGGACAAUGAGUGCAAAAUGUGCAUUCACAUCGACUAGAAAGAGCGAGAUGUAUGCAUACUCUGCAGCCCUACAAAGGUACCGUAAGCUAAGGAAUUGUAGUCACGCUGCAUGUUUCAAGGCAUGCCACUCUGAUGAGGCGUUUAAGCAUCUAGAAAGGGUUUUGGAAGGUCAAGAUGUUUGCAAGGGAUCAACAAGUGAACAAGCUGAUAGCAAGGGAUCAACAAGUGAACAAGCUGAUAGCAAGGGAUCAACUAAUGCUCAGGGUAACAACAUUAGGUACGGUCCGUUGAUGCCACAAUCGGCUAACCUUGAUGGUGAAGGUUUUGAAAAGGUUCUGGAUCCCGUGCAUGUCCCAGCCCGAGGUGCUUCAAAGAAAAGGCUACAUGCAAAGAUGAAGAAAACAAGAACAAAGGGUAGAUGUAGCUAUUGUCAUGAGGCAGAUGGUCACAAUCGACGAUCUCAAAGAAGAACUAUGAUAGCUACAACAUUGUGCGCACGGUCGGAGAGCAAGUACGUGGACGAUCAACCUGAUGUUGGUGUGUGCAUUGUUGUCUAUGUCUAG